AUGUUCAUAUUCUCCGCAGCUCCAGUCCCGGUCGGGUCCAGUAUCUUCUUUGCACUGGCCCUGCUCACCAUCUCCGUUUCAGUGUUAUUACUGCUCCGACGUUUCCUUACCCUGCGAGCCACUCCGGCAUACCUCUCGGUCCCCGUCUUCCUAGCUCUUGCGCUCCCCGCCAGCGUAGUACUUCUAGUCCCAAUCGACCUUGCAUCCAGUUCUCGUGACGGAGGCGGCCCCAAGGCGAUAUGGCUUCCGGAUCGUUUAAUCCUGGUAGCAUGGCGGAUCGCCUACUGGCUAAUUUUCGUUCUGACCUGGGCUAUCCUCCCGUUGCUAGGAGAAUAUAUCGAUUCGGGUUAUCGUGAUACCAAAAGUCGCAUUCUGUAUUCGCUGCGCUCGAACGCUCGCUACCAGCUGAUCGUUCUAUGCUGUGCGUUUGUCGGUCUGGUCUACAUCUCCAUUCAGAAUGGCUUUCGCUUCGCCUCGAUCAAGGCGCUCGCCAUGGCCUUGGCCUAUGUAUGGGGUCUUGUACUUGCAAUUUAUUCAAUGGGCCAUGGCCUGGUUUCGAUACCUCGUACUCUAUUCCGCAACGCCAACGUCAGUGGCAGGCUACGUAGGGUCCAGGCCCAUGCACCUCGACUGCACGACCGACUUAUGGAUGCCAUCAAUGAUCUCGAGAGCCUCGAGUCGCAAGUGACUCAAUUGCAGCAGCGGAAAACUGGAACCGCUCGAGAUUUUCAGGAUUGGAUUGAAGAAUUGGCAGAGACAUCCAGCCCCGUCGAGUCGCGAGCCGCUAUUCUGGAACCCUCCAGUGUGCAAGGCACCGUUCCUCCGGUCAUCACAGAACGCUACAUGGCGGAUCUGACCCGACGCCUACAGCGCGCUCGGCACCAGAAGGCACGCUUUGUCGAUGAAUGGGAUCGUCUGGUUUUGCUCGCGGCCGACUUGCAAGCAAUUAUCGACUCUUCCGCAUCUCGAAAGCUGGACUUUGGCCAAUCGCCCCGGCGUUCGACUUCUCUGCCACGCAUCAAGGUUUUGACCCCCUACAUGCGGUACCACCUGUAUAUCAACGUCAUUCCCAGUCUGCGGCUCGUCGUGGGCGCGCUUUUUGCGAUUGCGUCCAUCUGUGUCAUCUGGUCAGAAUUGAUCAAAUCCUUGGCUCCUCGCUUGUCUGUCGUGACACUGUCCAUCAUCUCGUAUCAUGAAGAUCCAAAACCGGUGGAUUUUGGAAGACAGCUGGCCACUUCCGCGUGGCUGCUGUACAUGUGCGCUGCCGCUCUGGCGGGUGUCAAUGAUGCCAAGGUCUGGGGCAAUCGUGCUCUGGUUCGCCGAAACACUUAUGGAGAGAGCGCGUGUUGGUACGCUAGCCUAGUCGCCAGGCUUACCGUUCCAAUUGCUUACAACUUCCUGACGUUCUUGCCGCUGAGUGUACGACAAAACACUAUCUUCUAUCAUUUCCUCGGUCGGCUCAUUGAUCUCACGCCUCUAGGAAAGGGAUUUGAUUAUUUCUUUCCGGUCUUCAUUCUACUGCCCGUCUUUGCAACUCUCUUCAACCUCUACGGGAGAAUCAAGAAUGUAUGCGGCUUGGGUCUGAUUGAGGAGGAUGACAAUGAGUUGGAGAAUAACCCUGGCGGCUAUGGGCUAGGCGGCUGGAGAGAAGGCCGCGAACUCAUUGAUCGAGAACUGAAUGGCCUUGGAUCUUUAGCGCCAUCCUCCCGUAUUGGGCAAUCGACCUGGCAGUCGAGCCGUAACACCGAUACUCCAGGAUUAAUAUCCUCCAGAACACCUCGGGCCGAUAGUGCUCGACCAACCCGGCCUCUCAGAAGUCCUCCUGCAUCCUCUGUUGUUCUAGAAGACGAGACAGAUGAAGAGAAUUUCUUCCAGUCUUUUGCGCAUCGGGUCAGAAAUACCUUUGAGACUGCAAGCAAACCUCAAUGGCUUCAGGGCGAACCCUUCCGGCUUCCAAGAUGGAUGAGCAAUGAUAGAGCCCAAGGAAGUAAUGGUCUCACAAGGUUGUUUGGUGGUCGACCGGCUGAUGGUGGGGUGAGACUUUAG